GUAUGGAUUAAAAGCAAGAGGAUGUGCCAAUUUUAUUGAUUUUACUGAACGUAACCUUCAGCCAAGAGAUGACUGAGUGAAGGGAAAGGAAAAUCUCUUGGAGCAUCUGUAUGAUUUGGAGAAUGGAUUUACUCCCAGCUGGACUGACAACUAAUUUUUCUGGACAUUUCAGUAAAAAAAAUUGGAUAUCAAGCUGACCACAAACAUACUGGAGAAUAAAGAAUUAAAGACUAGACCUGGAAAACAAACACAUACAAUACGAAGACUUUCAGACGUUUCAGAGGUUCGAUAUGUCAUUUACUUAGCUUUCAAGUAUUCAGUAAUCAAAUGAAGCCAACAAAACUGGAUUACUGGAUUAAUGCUUAAAGGAAAACCGUUUUGCUUAAUGAAACACUGACUCCAUGUAAAUGAUAACAUACUUGCAAUGAAAACUGUUUUCGCCUGAAAAAUGGAUCGGUAUCCUGUUAAUUCAUUGUUUAACAACUUUACCAAUAUUUUUAACCGUAUAGAGAAAGAUGAAGAUACUCCAGUUCUUUCCUUUUUUCGUUCCCUGUCGGAGAAAGACACUGACCCUCAGGAUAUCAGCAUCCAAAACCAUCCAAACCAGGGUAAACAAACGGUGGCUGAUGAUCAAGCUGACCUGAACUCCAAAGCAUUUACCCAGAAAUGUAGUACUGCUAGUCUGAGUAACACAGCAUCAGCAGAGAUUCACGAAAGUAUGGAUCUCUUAGACAAUUUCAGCAAACAGAUCUACAGUUCUACAGACAUCAAUCCAAUCUCUACUGCAGCAGCCUCAGAUCAGACAGGUGAGGCCAUGCCUAUUACCAGUAAUCUGGUUAUACCUGAUGGAGAUUUUGUUACAAAUCCAGACAAUAAUAAGAUCCAACCAAAAGAGGAAUCUUUGAGCUCCUUGAGUCUGGACACGUGUUAUGUGGAAUCAGAUAAGCAAUCCUGUUCAGAAACUGGAGAAACAUUCCUCAAAGUUGGGUCUGAUCAAGUACUAUUAAAAUUAGAAGCAUCAACUUCAGAGUGUCUCAAUGAAACACAAAAAGGGGGAGAAACAAAUGGUGUGCAAGAAUUGAGUGAGCUAAAAAUGAAGAAUAAUGUUGAACAAGAUCAAGAUGAGAGUGAUAACCUGGCGCAAAAAGUAGAACAAAGCCAAGAAGAACUGAAAGAAGAAAAAAAGGACAUACUACAAGAAGACAGCAAUUCAGAGCUCUUGGAUAGUCCCACUUCUCCAGGGAACCUAGAAAAUGCUUUUAAGCCCACAAAAAGAGUUACCUUCUCUCCAGACCUAAAGUUGGACAAACCUCAUCAGCUACCCUCUAUCUUUAGUGGACUUAAAGGAAUAAAAAAAGAAGCCCAUGACCAACAGAAAGAAGCCCAUGACCAACCUAAGAGACCUUUCUUAAUGAAACAGGCCUCUGUUAAACGGGCACUUUUCUCUGAAAAACACUCCAAAAGUGAAGCUAAAGGGAGCAUCCUUGAGCAGCUCUCGCAACUCCUAAGCUUUGAUGCUGGCAAAGUAGGAGUGAAAAAAUCACAGGAAGCCACAACAAGCCCUCCACUCUCACCAAGCAGCGAGGUCCCAAUAGCAGAAAUGCCUCCUGUAGAGGAAAGUGUUGAGGAUUCUGAUGUGGCUUCAUCAGAUGAAAGUGGCAAAUUAACAAAUACAGAGACAGCCCUCAGUGCAUUCAAGGCUUUCUUUACCCCUAAACCAGCUAAGAAGGACACUUUGGAUCAUAUUGAUCUGGAUGCUGUAAAGAGGGCAUUCAAUCCAGAGACAAUCCGAGCUAUCUUUGACAGAAAUUCCAGCAAGUCUCCAGACAACAAGAACCUAUUUGAAACCAAACCUCCCGACAGUGAGGAGCGGACACCGGGCCGUUUGCAAGCUGUCUGGCCUCCGCCAAAGCCCAAAGACGAGGAGGAGAAAAUUGGGUUAAAAUACACAGAGGCUGAACAUCAGGCAGCUCUUCUACACCUAAAACGAGAGUGCAAAGAAGAGUUGGAUGCAUUAGAGGCUGACUUUAAGCUCCAGCUUUACCACCUCAGAGAGGAAAAAGAAGAAUCUGUGUCCAGACUGCAAGCAGCAGUUGCGGAUCUGAAGAAGACUGCCAAAUGCUCACAUGGUGAACUCAGAGACGUGGCUGUGUCAACAGAAGACAACUUCCCACCUCGCAUUUUUCGCACUGUGUGCAUUCAGACAGACCGAGAAACUUUUAUUAAGCCUGUGGAGGAACCAGAGUUAAAAAAAGACCUUUGCCCUCAACCAAAUGUCCCUAAAAAACUUGAUCUUGCAUCAAUCACCAACAGCCUUUCAGGCAAACAGGAACCUUCUCCGUCACCAUUACUGCCAUUGCCACCAUCACUGCCAUUGCCACCACCACCGCCACCAUCACUGCCAUUGCCACCACCACCGCCACCAUCACUGCCAUUGCCACCACCACCACCACCACCACUCUCUGUUCAAUCGGGUUUUGAAAGUGAAACAACUUCAAAGCCUUCACCAUCACUGCCUAGUCCAUCUGAGUGUUCUUCGAAACCUGAUCUAUCAGUAAAGUGUCCAUCACUCACACAAGGCAACGGUCCACCACCUCCACCAGCACUUAGUGCUGGUCUUUUUCAUCCACCACCCCUACCCGGCCUUGUACCUUCCCCUCCCUUUGGAGGUGGCUUGUUUCUCUCCAGAGCUGAAGAGAGACCACAACGAAAGCCAAGAGUGGAACCCAUCUGUCCAAUGAAGCCACUUUACUGGACACGGAUACAGAUUCAAGACAGCAGAAAAGAUACACUAUGGAGCUUACUGAAGGAGCCGGACAUAGUAAAUACUAAUGAGUUUGCUGAGAUGUUUGCUAAAAUGGCUUCCCCUAUCAAAAGAAAACCCCUAUCUGAAGCCUACAACAAGACAGCCAAAGGCAAAAAGAUUAUUAAGGUGUUGGACAGCAAGCGUUCUCAAGCUGUGGGUAUCUUAAUCUCAAGUCUCCACCUAGAGAUGAAGGACAUACAGAAGGCUAUUUUGAUGAUGGACAACUCUGUGGUUGAUCUGGAUGCUAUUGAAGCCCUGUACGAAAAUAGUGCUCAGCCUGAAGAGUUGGCGAAAAUAAGAAAACACUAUGAAACCUCAGAUGAAGAGCAUGUCAGACUGUUGGACAAGCCUGAACAGUUCCUGUAUGAGCUCUCUCUGAUCCCUCAGUUCUCUCUAAGAGCACGCUGUAUCCUUCUCCAGUCCACAUUCACUGAUGCUGUGGCCUCUAUUCAGCGCAAAACAAACAUUGUCCUCCAAGUGAGCAAGGGUCUCCUGGAGAGAGAGAGUGUGAGAGAUGUACUGGGGCUUGUCCUUGCCUUUGGAAACUACAUGAAUGGUGGGAGCAGACACCGAGGCCAGGCAGACGGCUUUGACCUUGAGAUUCUCCCCAAGCUCAAAGACGUUAAGAGCAGGGAUAACUGCAUAAGUUUGGUGGAUUAUGUUGUGUCUUACUAUCUACACAAUCUUGAUCAGAAUGUUGGGACUGAAAACUGUGUGUUUCCAUUGCCUGAGCCUCAGGAUGUCUUCCUUGCUUCUCAAGUUAAGUUCGAAGAUCUUUCCAAAGAGCUCCGAAAGCUGAGCAAAGAUGUUGAAGGUUGUGAGAAGGAUGUCCAAAGUGUGUGCUUAACAUCAUCUCAGGAAUACAUCCAUCCCUUCAGGGAGAAAAUGGAAGCUUUUAUCUCCAGUGCCCAAAAAGAAAAAAUAGCAACUGAACAUCAUCUCUUAUCUGCCCAAAAAAGCUUCCAUGACCUGGUGCAGUAUUUUGGGAUGAAGCCCCGUUCUGGAGAGCAGGAUGUCCUUCCAGGCCAUGUUUUUAUGCUCUGGUUUGAGUUCUGCAAUGACUUCAAGACCAGAUGGAAGAGGGAGAACAAGACCAUUUCAAAUAAGAGACUGAAAGAAGCCCAACAAUCAGUCCGCAACAUCACUGCAGACAAAAAAGUGGAGACCAAGCAGGUCAAUGCAAAUGGUCUGAAGGAAAGACUGCGUCUAAAAGAAGCAAGCCUAUCCAGCACCAUAGACACAACUGGUCCUCCACAAUGACAGUAUACUUUUGUCACUCAUAAAUUUAAGUUUAUUUUAUAUUUUGCUUUUAAAAAGUCAGACUUACUUGUAUUCUUAAUGUAGUAUUGAGGAAUGGUUCUCCAGGCUUACUAAAGGACUUUUUUGGUACCCUUUUGUUGCACAAUUUAAGUCCAGUCCCCGUACCUGACCUGUUUCAGAGGAAUUUUUUGUGUUUGUUAAGCCACACAGUGACCUAUAAAUCAUUCAAGCAUGAAAAAUGUCUAACUUAAGGCAUGAACCAGUGAGAAACAAGUGCAGAUAAUGACAGAUGAUUAGGCCGGUGAUUAGUAUACUGGUGAUGUUGAAUGCUGAGUGUUGGAACAGAUGAGGGGGGAAAUGAGGUCGCUGCUGAGGUUGUUACAUAAACAAACAAUUUUUACAUUGUAUCUUUAGGCACUUUGCAGCCUGUCACAUUAAAACAUGUGUUCCUAUUUUUUUAUAUAAUCUACAUAAUUUGAUUUCAUUUAAUAUUAAAAAAUAAGGGAUGGAUUAAUACCUCUGCUCAGUAUAGCAUGUAACUUUGGCAUGGGUAUAACUCAAUGAGAUACAACAUACAUUGUUUUUUUCUCUAUCUGCUGAUUUAAUGUGAUAAUUUACAUGAGAUUUGAAUCAGUUCACCUGAAUUAAAUAUUAUUUUUAUAGAACUUUUAACAACACACUGUCACAAACCAGCCCUAUGGAAAUCUUAAGAUCGCUAAUGAACAAGUAGAAUAUGACUGUGGUAAGAACACGAUAAGCAGGAAAACUUGAGAGGAAGCCUAAUUGAAAUGGAACCCAUCCCUGGCAUUCCAUGUCACUGCAUAUAGUGCAAUAAUAAAACAUUACACCUGGAUACUAUAAAGUCAAACAAUCCUUAACGUUAGUUGAAAAUUUUUCAUAUGAUCUUAUGGUUACAGCAGCAGUUUUGUAACCAAGACUGGUAACCAAGUAAAUGUGGUUUUAAUAAAUAUGGACAGACUGUCCAAUAUCCCCAGCUUGUCUGUAUUUAAAGAAAAACACCAGUCUAUAAACCUCAACACACUCUUGCCAGGAACUUUCUUCGGUCUCACUUGAUCAGAUUCCCCAAAACACACCCACAAACUGCUACAGACAACAAAAGAUAUCUUUAUUUUGCAUGUUGACGAUACUGUAUUUUGAAAUACUUGUUUGCAUGAAUAAAAUACUAAAAUACAA